UAUUAUUUACCACUUCCAUCCAGCCUAUAUAGGGUACCUAUUUAGAUAAAAUUAUAUAAAAUAAAUUAUUUUGCUAUUCCAUCGCUACUUGAACACCACCAUGCAGUAUAUCAUAGUAACACAAUUAGAAACUACAGGACUAGUAUCUUGUAAGAUACAGGGUUUGAGCGACGCAGAUAGAAGAAGAUUAGAACAAGAUUUAACACAGGCAGGUUUUAUUUACGUAAUAAAAGAUAAUUUUAUGGAAAUUGAUAUUCAAGCUAUACAAGUGUUAAAUCUCCUGACUAAAAACCAUUUCAAUUACAGGAUUAUUGGACAAUCAAUGGUUAUUGAAGAAUCCAGUAUAGGAGGAAGAAUUAUUAAGGUUGAAAAAAUGGCAUGGACUUUAGGGAAAGGAAACUAAGUACAUGAACUAUAAGAAAAAUGUUUAUUAAAUGUAAUAAGCAUACAUUUUACAUCAAUUUCAAUUCCCAUUUUCUAUCGUCAAUUCACUUUGACAAUCACUAGGUACUCGAUCAGUAAAUAACUCUGGUAUCUGAAAUAAAUAUAUUAGUGUUAUGCCA